AUGUCUGGAACUUCUGUGAAUGUUAAAUUGCCGCUUAAUGUGAUGUCAAGAAAUAAUUUGGAGGCAUCUACUUGUAAAAUGACAGAGCCGUUUAAUUUUGAGAAAAACGAAAGCAAGCUUCUACCACAUGAUUCCUCAAGAAGUCCCGGAGGACAUUCUAACCACCCAAAUUUCAGGCUGAAAAGCCCAGAGAGUGGAAAUAAAAAAAGCAAUUUUUUGUUUUGUGAGCAAACCAGACAGUAUUUGGCUAGUCAGGAAGACAAUGCAGCAUCCUCAAACCCUCAUAGCAUCAGCGGGGAGGCGGUCGGAUCCGAAGGAGACAGGAAGCCGUUGUCGGCAGGAAAGUCAGUGUCACCAUUAAAUGUUGGGAAUAAUUCACCACCCAAAGAAGCAAAUAGUAAGCCUAGCAAUAGUGUGUCUCCUGCAAAGUCAAAAAAAAUACACAAGUUGGGUCCGAAUUCCCUGUCCAUAAAUAAUCCAGCACUCUUCAACUCCUUAGGACCUCCUUUUCGGUCGACCACUUGCCAUCGCUGUGGCCUGUUUGGGUCGCUGAGGUGUUCCCAAUGCAAGCAGACGUACUAUUGUUCCGUAGCGUGCCAGAGGAGAGACUGGCCAGCACACAGCAUCGUGUGCAAACCUGUGCAGCACAAUUUCCACAAAUUUAAAGAUAAAUCACCUUUUGAAACAAAGAACAUGGAAGUGAAAAAUGAGAGUAACUAUCCACUUGGAGUUACUAAAGAAAUAGCCAUUUGUGCUGAUAAAAUAAUGUUUUCUGAUUUGAGAAGUCUACAACUCAGGAAAACCAUGGAAAUAAAGGGUACAGUUACUGAAUUCAAACACCCAGGUGACUUUUAUGUGCAGUUGUAUUCUUCCGAAGUUUUAGAGUACAUGAACCGACUCUCUGCGAGCCUAAAGGAAACAUAUGCAAACACAGUGCACGAGGACGACUAUAUUCCUGUUAAGGGGGAAGUGUGCGUUGCCAAGUACACUGUUGACCAGACCUGGAACAGAGUAAUAAUACAAGCCGUCGAUGUAGUAGAGAAGAAGGCACAAGUCUUAUAUAUUGAUUAUGGAAAUGAAGAAAUAAUUCCAAUAAACAGAAUUCAGCAACUAAACAAAAACAUUGAUUUGUUUCCUCCUUGUGCCAUAAAAUGCUUUGUGGCUGGUGUGGUCCCAGCGGAGGGGAAUUGGAGCAAUGACUGUAUCAAAACUAUUAAGUCACUGCUGAUGGAGCAGUGCUGCUCUGUGAAAAUCGCUGACAUCCUGAAAGAAGAAGUGGCUACAUUUGCCGUGGAUGUCUUGCUGCCCGGUUCCGGAAAACUCUUAGACCAUGUGCUUGUGGAAAUGGGAUAUGGCUUAAUACCUGAGGGACAGAGUCCUGAGAAGCCAAGUGCAGCUCAGAGUGAGCCUGAAGAUGUUGGAAAAAUGACAGCUGAAAACAAAAUUGUUGUAGACAGAAGAGACUUAAUCCCCAAAGUGUUAACUUUGAAUGUAGGUGAUGAGUUCUGUGGUGUGGUUUCCCACAUUCAGACUCCAGAAGACUUCUUUUGUCAGAAACUACAAAGUGGCUAUAAGCUCGCUGAGCUGCAGGCGUCCCUUCGCGAGCACUGCGGCCAGAUGUCCCCUCGCUCAGACUUUUACCCGGCCAUCGGCGACAUCUGCUGCGCCCAGUUCUCAGAGGACGAUCAGUGGUACCGUGCCUCCGUUUUGGCCUAUGCUUCUGAAGAAUCUGUGCUGGUUGGAUAUGUAGAUUACGGAAACUUUGAAAUCCUUAGUUUGAAAAGACUGUGUUCCAUAACUCCGAAGCUGUUGGAAUUGCCCAUGCAAGCAAUAAAGUGUGUGCUGGCAGGAGUGAAGCCAUCAUUAGGAAUCUGGACUCCAGAAGCUAUUUGUCUGAUGAAAAAAGUUGUACAGAACCAAAUGAUCACGGUGAAAGUGGUGGACAAGUUGGAAAACAGCUCUCUAGUGGAGCUUACAGACAAGUCUGAGACACCUAACGUCAGCGUGGCGCAAGUUCUCACAGACGCGGGCUUUGCCGUCUGGGGAAAGGGGGCAGUGACCGAGAAACCCAGUGACACGAAAGAAGCCAGUGUUCCCUUGGAUGUAGAAGUCAAACUAAAUCCACCAGCAUGGACAUGGGCUGGACUUGCUGUGAACCAGACAGUAGAUGUGGUGGUCUGUAUGAUAUACAGUCCUGGAAAGUUCUAUUGUCAUGUGCUCGAAGAGGACGCUUUAAAGAAACUCAACGAUUUGAACAAAUCGCUGGCAGAAUUUUGUCAGCAGAAGUUGUCUAAAGACUUUAAGGCAGAAAUAGGGCAGCCCUGUUGUGCAUUUUUUGCAGGUGACGGGAACUGGUAUCGCGCGCUAGUCAAGGAGAUCGCGCCAAAUGGAAACGUUAAAGUGCAUUUUGUGGAUUAUGGAAACACCGAGGAAGUUACUGCAGAUGAACUCCGAACGAUCCCGUCGGAAUUUUUAAAACUCCCAUUUCAAGGGAUACAGUGUUGGUUAGUAGAUAUACAGCCUGGAAACCAGCACUGGACUAAGGAAGCCAUAGCACGGUUUCAGAGGUGUGUGACGGGGGUGAGACUCCAAGCCCACGUGUUUGAGGUCACUGACAGCGGGGCGGGGAUCGAGCUCUCCGACCUCUCCACUCGUUACCCCAGAAUAAUCAGCGAUGUGCUGAUUGAGGAGCACCUGGUUUUAAAAGCCAGCUCACAGAAAGACUCCUUAGAAAACAGACCCGUCAACAACCAAGACCUUCAACUCGACAACCCGGGGCAUCAAGCCGUCUCCGCAGCCGAGCAGUGGAGGACGAUCGAGCUGCCCGUCAGUAAGACUGUACCAGCAAGCAUAGUAGAGAUUAUAAACCCAAACUUAUUUUAUGCUCUACCAAAUGAGAUGCCAGAAGACCCGGAGAAACUGUGUGCGUUGACAGCGGAGUUGUCAGAACACUGCAAUAGUGCCCAGGCGAGCCAGCCGCCCUACAGCCCGCGCGUGGGGGACGCGUGCUCCGCCCGGUACACAGGUGAUGACCUCUGGUACCGCGCCGUCGUGCUGGCGGCCUCGGAGACCGCGGUGAAGGUGAUCUACGCAGACUACGGAAACACCGAAACGCUGCCCCCGUGCAGGGUGCAGCCCAUCUCCGCCCGCCACCUGCAGCUGCCUUUCCAAAUCAUGAAGUGCUCCUUUGAAGGGCUAAGGGAGUUGAAUGGAAGCUGUUCUCAUUUAGUAAUAGAGCUGCUAAAAAGUUUCAUGUUGAAUCAGAAUGUACUGCUCUGCGUGAAAGGAAUCACCGAGAAUGUCCACACUGUGUCGGUGGAGAAAUGCUCUGAGAACGGGGCCGUCAGGGUGACCGAUAAGCUGGUGAUGUGUGGCCUGGCGAAAAACACCACAUCUAAACAGCAAAAUGCUUUAGAUAAAGAAAAGACGAACGGGACGAAUUGCUGCUGCUCAGAAUUACAGAAACAGGUUGAGAAACAUGAACAGAUUCUUCUCUUCCUCUUAGACAAUCCAACCAAUCAAAAUAAAUUUAUUGAAAUGAAAAAACUGUUAAAAAGUUAA